UCACGGUUUCAGAGCUUAUGGUUCUAGGCUUCAUUUCCCUACUUUUGACCUUUGGUCAGAACUACAUUGCCGAAGUCUGUAUUCCCGAACAUAUUGGAGACACUAUGUUGCCAUGCCCCAAGCAAGGACAUUCUAAAGAACCACCUGCACAUAAGAGUGAGUCACAUAGAAGGCUCUUAUGGUAUGAGCAUAGAAUUUUGGCAGCAGAUAGUUCAGCCAAAGAAUGCAAGAAAGGAUAUGUGCCACUUAUAUCCAUCAAUGGACUGCAUCAACUACACAUCUUCAUAUUCUUUUUGGCCAUAUUCCAUGUCAUUUAUAGUGCAAUAACAAUGAUGCUGGGAAGAUUGAAGAUUCGUGGAUGGAAACAUUGGGAAAGAGAAUUUGCUAAUGACUAUGAAAUAUCAAACGAUCCUUCUAGAUUCAGACUUACACAUCAGACAUCUUUUGUGAGAGACCAUGCCAGUUUCUGGACGAGAAACCCUGUCCUGUUCUACAUUGUUUGCUUUUUCCGGCAAUUCUUUAGGUCUGUUACUAAAGCUGACUACUUGGCAAUGCGACAUGGGUUCAUCUCAGUUCAUUUAGCCCCUGGAAGAAAGUUUAAUUUUCAGAAAUACAUCAAAAGGUCAUUGGAAGACGACUUUAAAGUUGUUGUAGGAAUCCCUCCAGUGCUCUGGUUUUCUGCAGUGCUCUAUCUGCUUCUCAAUGUUUCUGGAUGGCAAACUAUGUUUUGGCUGUCAAUAAUGCCCCUAAUAAUAAUGUUAGCAGUUGGUUCAAAGCUCCAAGCAAUCAUAACUCAAAUGGCUGUUGAAAUCCAAGAAAGACACGCUGUUGUUCAAGGCAUACCUCUUGUCCAAGUCUCCGACAGGCAUUUUUGGUUUAGCUGGCCUAAAUUAGUUCUUCAUCUUAUCCAUUUCACGCUCUUUCAGAAUGCAUUUGAUAUAACAUAUUUCAUCUGGAUAUCGUAUGAAUUUGGGCUGUAUUCUUGCUUCCAUGACAGCAUACUUUUGGCCGUGCUUAGAGUUGGUCUCGGGCUAGGAGUCCAGUUUUUAUGCAGUUAUAUUACGCUUCCACUUUAUGCACUCGUGACACAGAUGGGAUCAAACAUGAAAAAGAGUAUUUUUGAUGAACAUACUUCCAAGGCAUUAAAGAGCUGGCAUAAGCAUGCAAAGAAGAAGAAAGAGCGUCCUCCAACCCAAACAUUAGGAGGGAGCCCAAGAGAUUCAGUAAACGCUUAUUUUCAUCCCAAUGGUGGGGACGACGCUCGAUCAAGUAUUGAGAUGAUAGAUGCAGAAGCACUUUCUUCUAGAACGACGGCCAACAUCACUGCCAGUGUAGACAUUCCGUGAGAAAAUCAUGAUAGUAAUCAAUCUGCGAAUACAGAUCUGCUAACAGGCCGGUGAUCAGGGGUGCAAAGUGUAUAGAACAUAUUAACUCUGAAAGCUCGAAAUAUAGACGUAAGACCAAAAUAUGACUUAUUAUGAGUGCUUAAAAGUUAUUUUUAUUUUCGAUCCAAAAAAAAAGUUUUUUUUAUUUAA